AUGCGUCGCGGUCUUCUGAUCUUUCUCCUCGUCAAUCUCCUCAUCCUCUCCCUGCUCGUGCGCAGCGUGUCCACCCUCCUCUCCCUCUUAGUCGAAGAUGCCGCCGCCGACGCCAUUCACCGCGCCGAGCUCCCCUCACCCAACUCCAGCCUGAUCGAGCAACGCCCGCAAAUAAUCCCCAAGAUCAUUCACCAGACCUACAAGAAUGAGACCAUCCCCGAGGUUUGGGUUGAAGCGCAACAGAGCUGUAUCGACCUGCACCCGGACUAUGAAUAUAUUCUCUGGACAAAUGAAAAGUCGCGCGACUUUAUUGCGGCCGAGUACCCAUGGUUCUUGGACACCUUCGAUGGCUACAACUACCCCAUCCAGCGCGCCGACUCCAUUCGGUACUUCGUGCUUGCCCACUACGGUGGAACCUACAUUGAUCUCGACGACGGCUGCAACCGCCGCUUGGAUCCUCUCCUCGCUUACCCCGCUUGGGUACGCCGCACAGCGCCCACGGGUAUCUCCAACGACGCCAUGGGCUCCGUGCCCCAGCACCCAUUCUUCCUGCGCGUGAUCGAAUUGCUGCAGCAGUAUGAUCGCCAUUGGCUGCUCCCGUACAUCACCGUCAUGUACUCCACGGGCCCCCUGUUUUUGUCCGUCAUCUGGAAGGAAUACAUGCGCGACAAGCCCAGUGAGGCUGGCCGCGUCCGCAUCCUCAUGCAGGAUGAAUACAACAAGUUCUCCUGGAGCUUCUUUACCCAUCACCGGGGUAACAGCUGGCACGGCAAGGACGCCCAUUUGAUUUUCUGGAUGGGUCAGCACUGGCUGUUCCUGACAGUCUGCGGCUUCUGUAUCGCCGGAGUCGUGGGCUUCUGCCUCUGGUGGAGCUACGGCCGCAUCAUGCUCCUUGGAGCCCAGUACCGCUACCGCUACGCCAAGGUCUCCUCCGGCAGCCCGCGCUUGAAUUCUCCCACGCGCCACUCUCGCCUCACGAUACCCACCAUCUUACGCCGUGUCAGCUUCAAAGAAGACGAAGAACAAGGCGGGGUCACAGAGACCUCGUAUGAACUCGGUCGCCGCGAUGACUGA